AUGAUAACAAGUGUUGCACGAAGACGUUUUCUACAGACUAAUUGGAUUAGGUAUUUUACAAAGAAGCAUUAUUCAUACAAUAUACCGUCCAUAUUCUUGGGAUUAGCCAGUAGGCAUAUAGCAUUAUUUAGUAACGCAAAAUUUGACAUAGGUUUUAAAAAAUGCUCCUUCCAUACUGUUUCAUCUAUUCAGAAUAAGAAGAAAACUGAUAAUAUUCUUUCCUCCAACAAAAGUAAUGGCAAUGACAACGCACAUGAUUCCAAAGCAAAACAACCACAGUUGAUGAUAGCGUUUACUUGUAAAAAAUGUAAUACAAGAUCUUCACACACAAUGUCUAAGCAAGCCUACACUAAAGGUACCGUAUUGAUCCAAUGUCCCGGUUGUAAAAAUAGACACUUAAUUGCUGAUCAUUUAAAGAUCUUCAGUGAUCACAGUAUCAACAUUGAAGACAUUUUGAAGGCAAAGGGAGAAAAUGUUUCUCAAUCUGCUGAGGAUUUGGUCCUUGAGGAUAUCCCUGAGAAAUUGAAACUCAUGCUAUCAAAAUAUGUCACAAAUAAUGAUAAUGAAAAAGCCAAUAGCGAAUAA